AUGAAUGAUACUGCGCGUGUUCAAAAUGUGGAGACUAAUCGGGAUAUUAUUAAAUCGCUCUUACAUGAAACGCGAGUAAUGAUUAUGCAAUUACACCAGAUCGAUGACCAAAUGGAUGUUUUUGAUAAUAAGUCAAAUGUACACAGAAAUGAUCGAGAAUAUCUUCAGAAUCUUAAUAUUAUUAUCAAAGAGUUCGUUGACGUUGACGAGUAUAAUAUGAUAUGUUCGAAAUGUGAUUUUGUUUGUCAAGAACAAUGUACUAGUCAUGCAAAAGAAUAUGAAAUAUUUACAAUUUCUGACGGUAGAUGUACUAAGUGUCCAGGACGUUGUAUGUUAACAGAACACUAUAUUGCACAGAAGUUGAUUAAGCAGUUAACCAGAAAAACUGAUCAAGUAAUAAUGGAUGUUAGAGACAAAAAGGGGAUACCUGGGAAAGAGAAUACUAAAUUACAGACAAUACCUGAGACAAAAAAAUUUAUCAGUAUACAACUCCAAAAGGAAUAUAAACAAAUAGAAGAGUUAUGCCACCGCUUAAAAUCUUCUUGUAUUGAAUUCGAUAUUGCUGAUGAACUUUACACAUUCAUUAUGGAAUUAAAGAAUAAUUACGAUACUCUAAAUUCUAAAUUUGUUCAACUGGAAGCGGAGCACUUAAUUACUUGUCUCGAACGGCUUUCUGAUGAUUUACAACAAACUUUACCCUCCACACCACUGUCUGCCUAUUUUAAUUACUCACCUGUCGAGAAUCGAAAUACAAAUCGACAAUUCCCACGAUUUUCUACGUCAUCAGACAAAGAGAAACCUGAAAAAUCAGUCGAAUCUUCCAGCGAAUCUUGUUCCACCUAUGUUGAGUAUUCUACCAACAGAUUACUUCAAACAUACAGUGACCUUAUGAACAUGGGAAACCACGAGCGUUGUAUAGCUAUUCAAGAUGAAUUUCAUCGUCGAUGUCAUGGACAAUCCAUUGGUUAUUUAACAGAAGACAGUCUUUUGUCGUUUUGUAAACUCUAUAAUCGAUGUCAAAACGAGAAGCCAGAUAGUUUGAGCAAAAAACAAAUUGCGUUGCAAAAAGCUGUUCUGGAUAUAACUGACGAGAAUGUGCUGAACAUUGCCAAUGUACCGAAUGAACAUUUACUUGAACUUGCUGCUAUUGUAUUAUCGCUGAAAAAUGUUUCAUUCGCUUGA